AUGGAUGUUGGAGGAAUGUGGGAAAUAUCAAUAAUCAAGGUUGAGGAUCCAGGAUGUCUGUGGGGAAGGAUUGUGAAAGGUCCUGGUAAGCAGGCCGAGAGCCCUCAUCAAUAUGAAAACCUGCAGGCUAAAAUGAAUCUCUUCUAUCAUGAGGUCAAUCAGGAUGUACAGAAAAUAAAGCCAGCUACACUGGAGAAAGGACAGUUGUGUGUGGUGUUCUGCCCAGCACUGAGGAGCUGGUGCAGGGCCACAGUGGAGUCUAUGUUUAUGGGAACAGUGGGCAGUCAGGCCAUGUGCUUCUUAGUGGACCAUGGAGAACGUGUCGUCAUCAGCACUGAUGAUGUGAGAGCUCCUCUUGAAAAGUUCCUGCAGCUGCCUUUCCGAGUGCGAAAGUUUGAGUUGGCAAGGAUCCACCCCAUGAGACUCAAAGUGUCCAUCUCCAGUGAAACAGCAGAGCUAGUUCCAUCAUCUCACUGGGACAUCUCUGCCACAAAAUACCUGCAUAAUCUUCUACAGGUGUCCACUCUGGUUGAGGCAGUUCUUUGCGAAACAAAUGCUGGUUGCACUGCUAUUGAGCUGUACUUGACCAUCAGAAAUGUGAAGAUCUGUGUGAAUGAUGAUUUGGUGGUGAAGAAGUUUGCCUGUUUCUCAAGUGAGAAGGCCAAUAUGGGGGAGCAAAGUGGCUCUGUGGGUCGCUCUCCCAUCAGCCUUGCCUGGGACAUCUUCUCCAGCCCUCAGCAAAUCCUAGCAAUGAAUGGAUGCUGUACAGUGUGGUCAGCUUCUCCACAUGUCUUAACCAGGAAAGGUGAGGAAAAUAAGUUUCUGUUAUCCAAAUCUUCAAUGUCUGCCAUGCAACCAAGUGGAGCAGUAUCUGCUGUGGAAAAUGGAGGACUUGACAGUGGAACAGAGACCUGUGGAGUAAAUGACAAAGACAGAUCUACCAAGAACCUUGAGGAAGAGAAAUGCAGUACUAGUAACUUUGAACAGACACAAGAUACAGAGAGCGCCCUUGCAGAACAGUUGUCUCAACAGCUGAACUUGAUCAGAUUCAUGAAAUUUCUGAAUCCCUGCUCACAUUUGAACUUGAUUACCAAACCUGAUGAAGAUGAGCACAACCAGGAGACUUGUGAUAAAUCAGCACUGAGAAAUAAGGCCCCUACUCUAGAUCCAUACUCAGAGGAGGCCUCGGAUGUCUGUCUCAACAUGGAAAAACCUGUGGAUUCCAGUGAACAGAGUAGCUCUGACCUGAGUCACAGUAGUACAAGUGACACCAAUACAGACCUGAAAGAGCCAGCUUUCACUCAGGAACUGAAUGCCAAAGACCAGUUGGCUUGUGCCAGAUUGCUACAGCUGCUGAAUCCAGAUCCAUUAAAUUCAGACUCAGAAUAUACUGAUGACAAUGUUAUGUACUGUGAGCCCAGCAGGAGAGGAAUUUUGGUGCACUCCGCUAUCGCCAUCAACCCCUGCAGUAGCUUAAGCCAUGCUCCUGUCACCGAGCAAUUCCGCAAGUUCUUGUUGAGGAGGAAGUACAGUGGGCCAGGCCUGGCUGAGAGCUUCUUCUGGCCCUCUGUGGCACGGGGCUGUGACACAGUGCUGGUGUGCCAAAAUGCAAGCGAUCCUCUCUCCUACAUGCCUCCUUUACUGACUCAGCUGCAACUGGCCUCUGUGUUCAAUGCUCUCACUACACACACCGGGCCCAUAGCAGUGAUCCUUUGUCCAGGCUGGGAGAAGGUGCAGUUUGUGCUGGACCUGCUAGAGGAGAGCCAGACAGCUGUGAAUCUCCACCCUGCUGCCGUGCUGCUUGGACUGGGCAAGGAUGAGGCCAAGAAUGCCAAGAUCCAGAAGAAUUGUCAGUUGCUCGUCACCACCCCCUUUAGUCUGGCCCGGCUGCUAGAGGUGCACUGCUUCCUCUUCCUUAGGCUCUGCCAUCUGGUUCUGGAUGAAGCUUCUGAGCUUUUCUCACGAGCACCUGAUCAGAUGGCAGUCAUCUUACGGCAUUUCCAAGAAGUGGUGUCCAAAGAAGAGAGAGCUAUGUGUCCACAGCAGAUUAUCACUGUCAGCAACCAGUGGAGUCGAGAGCUGGAAGGCAUGGUUCAGGAAUACAUGGUUAGCCCCUGUGUUACUGUCACAGUGCCGGAAGAAGCAGCAGUGUAUGGUGGUGUUCAUCAGACGAUUCUCUUGUGUCUGGACUGCAAUAAGACCUCAGUGUUGCUCAGCUCUCUGGACUUCAGCCCUUCUGUUCCCCAGAAAACUCUCAUCAUUACAAACUCGGCAGAAGAGGUGGAGCAUGUCUACAAGGCUGUCAGCAACACAGCAGCAUUUUCCUUGAAAGCUCACGAAGGCCUUACCCACCAGUUUGACUUUGUGUUUGAGCAGUGGAAGAAAGACAUUGGUGCAGGCACACAGGUUAUCUUGGUGACCACCAAUGAUUGCAUGAAGGCUCUUAGUAUCAGGGACGCCACAUGUGUGGUUCAUUAUGGGUUCCCAAGCUCACCUAAACUGUUUGGGAAUCGACUAUUCUGCAUGUCUGAGAACUUUCAGAAUCUCUCUAACAAGAGCUCCUCUCCUGUAGUGCGGUCUGUGUUGCUGCUGUCGGAGCGAAAUGCUCGUCAUGUUUCCGGAGUGCUGCGAUACCUGAAGCGCACAGGCACUACAUUGCCCCCAGAGCUUCUGCUGUUUGCUCAGGGAGUCCAGCAAGCCAAGGAGGAACAGAAGAUCGACAGAGCACUUUGCAGACACUUGAAGAGCCUGGGCUUCUGCAGGGACAGUACGGUUUGCCCAGACAGGCACACAGUCAACAAAACACUUGACUUUCCCCUUCACCCUGACCCUGGAACUAUCCUGGUUUUGCCCCUUUACAUUAAAAGUGCAAAUGUGUACUAUGGACGUAUUGUGAACCAGAAAGAGGACAGUUACAAAGACUUUGCUGAUGAACUGAAUUCACACUAUGCUAAAGAAAGACUUUGUGCAAAGGAAGUGGUGAAGGGAGGCCUUUAUGCAAUACAAGAAGAGAAUGAAUAUCAUAGGGUGUGUGUGAUCAAGGUGCCAGAUAAAGGAGAUCAGCUGUUCAGCAGCGUCACUGUUCACUAUAUUGAUGAGGGGCGCAAACAAGAAGUGAAGUCACAUCAACUGCUGCAGCUUCCUCCUGAGUUCCAGAGCUUACCUGGUCAGGCUGUGGAAAUCAUUCUAUGCAGGAUCAAACCCAUCGAUGGAGAGAUGGACUGGAAUCCAAGGGUUACCAGAGCUAUCAAUCUGAAGAUCAAAGGAAAAAUACAUCAAGCCAAAGUGGUGAUGUGCCUGGGCAAUACUGUUUGGGUUGAUCCAAUGAUACACAUGACACGUGUUGCCGGUCUAAAGACCUUUAUAAACGAAUAUAAUGUCCACACGGAGAUUCUUGCAACUGGGAUGGGCACCACAAACCCUCAACAUUUGGAGCUUCUGAAGACACUUUGCCAAAAAGAGGAGGCCUCUGCUGCAGUGGAGUUCAGUGAGAGUAGCAGGUGUCAGAGUGAGGCAGUGUCUCUGGAGCAAAGGGUUCAGGCUGCUGAGGAGGCUCUGGCCAGUAGGAUGAAGGCUGGAAUUGUCAGCCUCUGCAGUGGAGUGGAGCUUACUGUUGAGAGCAGGAAUACUGAACCCUGUGAGCCCUCAGAGGAGCUAAACCAGAUCACAGUUCCUAAAGGAGGAUCGAGUAAAGACUUAUUGGUAGACGAUGAACAGAUGCUAAAGUGAGUGAAGUAGCCAAGAUUUUUGCCCCAAAUCUGGACUGCUGCCAUUUCUAACAGCUCACAAGAGGAACCUACAGAUGACAUUCAGAUCAGAAAUGAGGUCAUGUACACUGAGAAGGCUCUGGGUUUUGUACCGCAAAGUUUUCACCCACAGAUCAAGUGGUUUCAAAGGGAAGAGUCAGUCACUCUUAAAGUAAAACUAAUCAACCCUGUUAUGCAGAAGUGCGAGUUCUCCACUGACAGGGUGCUUUACAGUGCAUAUGUGAACAACCGACGUUACCGUGCCAACCUGGAGUUGCAUGGUGACAUCAAAACAGAACAGUGCUUAUGGGAAAUGAAGUGCAAUGAACCUGUGAUCCAACUGGUGAAGAAAGAGAAGGGAGAGUGGAAAUCACUCCUCAAAUACAAGAGUGCUUUUGUAAGCUAUGACUUUGACCACAUUGAGGAUGAAGACAUUUGUGCCUCAAAUGGUCACUGGUUCCUGGCAAACACAGGAGAGGAGGGCUCCUAUGUCACUUCAGAGAGUGGAAGUGAGAGUGACUGAGUAGGCAACAGAAGCAUCUUCCUGUGUGUCAGUUUUCC